CUCGAACUGAUGUACGUACGUACGUUGUUACUGACUGACCUGUGUGGGGAGUUAGAAUUAUGAUUUACAGUUGAGGAUUAAGGUUAAAAAUUAGAUUUAGAGUUUUCAUCACUAACUAACAUCAGCUAAAAUGCCAACACUAUUUACCCAGAUGGAUGAGUGAAUUUCGCGCCAAAAUCCGUGACCUGUUAUGUUAUACAUGAUGGAUUCGUCCAUAAGUUAUAGCCUCACCGAUUAAGCGUAGGCUAUCUACAACAUGUCGCAAAUUAUACAUACAACUUGGAUAAUUUCCUCCCAGAGCUGUCAUUAUUUGAGUAGAAUUUAUGUGUCUUAGAGGCAUUCAUCGAGACUACAAGCAUGAGGUUUGAAAUGUCGAAAAACAUUGGAAUGUAAACAUGAGAAAUACGGCACAAAUAAAUGGGUUCGUAAAUUAAAAAUUUAGAAAUAGUACUAUGUCGAAGAUUUGGCAGGACGUAAGGACCAAAUACCGCUUAGCCACAGUGACCGAUUGUAUUCCAUAUUAUUCAACAUCUGCGACCAUUUAUUACAAGUGUUGAACCGAUCUGUACCAAAAAGUCUGCUUUUCAGAAUGGUCAUUGCGAUUAAUCUGGAAUUUUAUGGGCAAAUCUCACAUCUUGAUUUUUCGUGCUAGUUUUUUACCAACAUAUAUCACCCAAAGUUGCAUAUCGGUAUAAGAAAUACUUAGGAAUGCGUAGUGUUCAUCAUAACCACCUCCAUUGAAGGUUUUUAACCUCAUAAAUGUAAUUUCACGUUUCGCCUGGUGCUGUGCAUAUAUUACCUAAAGAUUAACCACUCAUUUAUUGUAGUGUGAGCAAUACUUAAGAGAUACUUAUGAUGAAAUACUCUCAGCCUACGCAUAUCUUCUACUUUUAUAGCCCAUUAAGACAACCGUGCAGUAAUACAGUUGAGACUGCUGUACUGUACGCUUCCCUAUUUGCUGGCAUAUGGUGUUACCUACGAUAAAUGAAAAAAAUGAGCGGGAGGUGGUUACUUACCAGAUGCCUUUAUUCGGCCUUAUAAGUUAAAUUAUUGGUGGUAUUUUUUAGUCUCAGAAGUUUUGAAUGGUUGAGUGAUAAUACUAAACUACAUCAUUUACAGUGUAACAGUAAUGUCUGCCAGCAUUAAAAUAGUCUGAGGAUGUUUCCUGAUUCUGGUAUAUUGUUUUAUUUGUGCAAUAAAUCUCAAUAAGUAGUAGAUAUACGAGAAGUAGAUUAAGAAAGUAUAAAGAGCUGAGUCAAUUAUUAGUCAUACGAAAUCAAAAUAGUAAUUUUUCAACAAGAAAUUUACAAGUUCGAAAGGGCCAAACAUACUCAAAUUCUACAUAACCACAUAUAUUUUACUUCCUCAGGUCUACAUGUUUAAACUGUGACCCUACUAUCAUAAAGAAUAACCUUUGAAGACAGUAAUAUUCUGCUGCGGAAAAUGUAUACAUAACAACCUUACCCUCAUUUGAUGUAUUGUGACUUCAGUUAUAUGUAACCUGUUUGUGAAUUGCUAGACAUAUUCUUUUGUAAUCGAGUCGGAGAGAAAAUCGAUUGCAGUAUGGUAACCGUGAGGCCAUUUACUUGCUUAGACUUGUUGAAGUUUGGGAAUAUUAAUCUGGAUAUGUAUACGGAAACUUAUAGUAUCGGAUUUUAUCUGCAUUAUUUGGCAAAAUGGCCAGAGUAUAUGCGAGUCCUAGAAUCACCCACACUAACCUGUUUUGAAAGAAAUUCGAUAUGUCUUUCGGAUAUUCCACACACAGGUGAUUCACAAAACCCAUCUCCCAAGGUAUUAUCAAUACCGUCUACGUGUCAACGACUUAUGGGCUAUAUGAUGGCGAAGUCAGAAGGUCAUGGAGUGGAUUGGCAUGGUCAUAUCACAGCGCUGUCGGUGGCUCCUGAGUAUCGUCGUUUGAGAUUAGCUACUCAACUAAUGCUAGAGUUAGAAGAAACUUCCGAACGGAAACGAUGUUACUUUGUUGAUCUAUUCGUACGUGCAUCUAACAAACUGGGCAUAGAUAUUUAUAGUAAAUUGGGAUAUAUUAUAUACCGCAGAGUCUUAAAUUACUACUGGGGUUCCGUUGAAGAUGAAGAUGCCUUCGAUAUGAGAAAAGCACUUUCAGCGGAUGUGCUUAAACGAUCUGUCAUACCAAUGACGAGGCCGAUACGUCCAGAAGAAUUAGAACAUCCAUGAACAUACAGAUGAAGACUUGUUUAUUGGUUCUACAGUGUGGUUCUAUAUGUAACAUUAUUCAGUGGAUCCAAGUACUUGUACAUGUAUCUUUUGUAACAAUGAUAUCUUUUCACUUCAACUGAAGUUUUGAGGGUCUGCAAAAUGACAAGA